UUCAUAACCCAAAAAAAAAAAAAAAAUCUCUCUCUCGUCGUCUCACAUCUUCUUCUCUUCUUCUUCACUUUACCAAAAUCACCGAUUCGAUUUUAAGGGUUCGGACCUAUCAAAGCUUGAGAAAGUGUGAGACUUUGAGAAUCUAAAGCUUUUGUUCUGGAGGAAUCGAAUUAUGUACAAGGAACGUAGUGGAGGAGGAGGUGGUUCGUCAAGAUCGGAGAUCCUCGGUGGAGCUAUUGAUCGGAAACGAAUCAACGAUGCACUCAAUAAGAAACUAGAGAAAUCUUCAGCUUCCAACACCACAUCUAGGGUUCUCACUUCUAAAGACAAAGAUCCCUUUUCAUUCACAUCUACCUCCACUGCUAAAUCUCAGCUUCCCGAUGUGGAAUCUGAAAGUGAUAGUGAAGGGUCUGAUGUGAGUGGAUCGGAAGGGGAUGAUACAUCAUGGAUCUCUUGGUUUUGUAAUUUGAGAGGGUAUAGUCAUUUGCAGGAUAUAGUCAUUUGCAGUGUUGAUGUGAUUUUCUCAGGAGAAACUUGCCCUCACUCUUGGAUUGAAAAGGAGGCAAAGAAGAAAUGAUUUUGAAAAUGUUCUUUUUUUUAUCAAUAAGAACUCCACCAUUGG